AUGGCUCAAUUUCCAAUUCCCGAAUCUCUCCAGAAGAGCCUCGGCAGCACCAGAGUCGACUAUGUCAGACUAGGCUCCUCAGGCCUUCGCGUAUCCUCGCCAAUCCUAGGUGCUAUGUCCCUGGGAACGAGCCAAUGGAUGCCGUGGGUAUUGGACGAAGAGAAAUCACUCGAAAUUCUCAAGGCCGCUUACGAUAGGGGCAUUAAUACGUGGGAUACGGCCAACGCCUACUCCAACGGUUUGAGCGAAGAGGUUAUCGGAAAAGCGCUCAAGAAAUACUCCAUCCCGCGCGAGAAGGUCGUUAUUUUGACAAAGUGCUACCUGCACGUCGGAGAAGAGGUCGGCAUAUUUACUCCUUUCUUUUGGGAUGCGCAUGGCAAGAGCAAGGACUAUCUAACGGAGAGCAUAAUAGGUCUUUCUCGCGCCGCCAUCUUCAACGCCGUCGAGGCCUCUCUCAAGCGUUUGGGUACUAGCUAUAUUGAUCUGUACCAAAUUCACCGAUUCGACCCAACCACGCCCAUCGAGGAAACCAUGAAAGCGCUUCACGACCUCGUACAGUCGGGCAAGGUGAGGUAUAUCGGCGCCAGUUCGAUGUGGGCGACGCAGUUCGCGCGCAUGCAAGCCGUCGCGGAGCGUAACGGAUGGACCAAGUUUAUCAGCAUGCAGAACUAUUAUAACUUGUGCUAUCGGGAGGAAGAGCGCGAGAUGAACCGCUUCUGCAGAGACACGGGGGUCGGCAUAAUACCGUACUCUCCCAACUUUGGCGGCAAGCUAGCCCGGCCGCUGGGACAGAACGAUUCGGCCCGCGCCAAGAUGGGCAACUUCAUCGGCCAGGAUCUGCGACCGGACGAGGAGGAAGUCAUCCGCCGCGUGGAGAAGCUCGCUAACGAGAAGGGGUGGAAGAUGAGCAACGUCAACCUCGCGUGGCAUAAUACCAAGGGUACCGUGCCGAUCGUUGGGUUUAACUCGAUCGCUAGGAUCGACGAAGCUUGCGAUUCGAGAGGAAAGACGCUGACAGCCGAAGAGCUCAAGUUUCUCGAGGAGCCUUAUGUCCCUAAGCCAGUCUUUGGCUUUUCGAUUAAAGCUUAUUUUCCGCUUUUACGGGAUUGGGGGUGGGACGGCGGGCACUCUAAUGCAUCUAGACUUCAAUAAACACCUCUCAAUAACUGUUUUCAAACGGGACCCAUCUUGCCUAAUAGGGACCCAGCUUGAAGCU